AGUUAUAGUAAUCUGUUUGACAGGUUUUCAGAGCUUGACUGUUUUGUUGAGAAAUAUUGAGUACGAGGGAUUAGGGUCUGGCUACAUGAGACUAGUUACGUCAGUGCUGACGUACUCGUCUAGUGCAAUUUCCGGUACAUGUGCGAUACCAUCAAGAGAUAAUAAUUGUUUGAGGCGUGAUGUCUUCGAACGCCGUUACGUGUACACAUAUUGACACAAAUGACUUGAUUGAGCUGUCGCACUUUAGUUGGUUUCCCGUCUUAAUUAACUGCAUGGUCCCUAUGCAUGAUGACUGCCAUAAUUGGUCUUCCUGACCAGCUAUUGUUGCCAUAGUUGAUCCGAUAUUGCUGUACGUGCAUGGUCCCGGUUCCUACAGUUCAGUUCUAACCCUAUAGAACUCUAGCCCUAACCCUAACUCUUAAGCCCUGACUUUAACCUUAGCCCCAGACCGGGCGAAUUUUUUUUGGGACGAGGUUACGACUUGGAGUGAACGUGGUCUGUUAGUACGAGGCUCGCGGCGCAGCUUUGAUUCUCUGUAGUCAAUGGACAUGUUCCAACCGCCAUUUUGACGUAAGCAACUGCUGCCUUUUUGCGCAUCUUUCGAGCAGUAACCUGUACUGUUUAUUGAAAGGGGGGCCCAGUUUUGAAUGUCGCGUCGGCUGAACGUUGUUUUCUCGGCACAAAUCGACUUCAAAUAUAUUGGACGGCAGGUAAAGUGAUUUAUAAUCUGGAAAUGAUUAUAACGAUUACUGGGUUUUGCGGUUAAACAAAUCUAUUUGUUUUGAGAUCUUUUUUGGGUGUAUGUAUUGCCUGGAUUGAAUUGUGCGGCAAUAUUUACACUGUUGCAUACACUGCAUACAUCAAAUUGUGUACUAUUUAUUGCAAAUCUAUUUGAUGUGUGCAAUUAUAUAAUAUGCAAUUACUAAUUAAAAGUGCAAAUUAACUUAAUUAAGUAUUCAACUAACUUCCAUUUCACAGUACCAAAGUGCAAAGUAUUCAGCUAACUUAAUUAAUUCUAUUUCACAACUACUACUAGUACCAAAAGAUUUCUUAGAAGAUAAACACUAUAUAUAAUAUACAUAAUAUACGGGACCUUGCAAUGGCGGCGCCCAUCUUUUGAAUUUGGUCUGCCGUUUCCUUCGUUUUCUUGGCUUCUAGCAAUAUGUCCAGCAAGUUGGUUGAGGAAGUUGACAGUGAUGAUGAUGAUGCGGAUGAUGGGGGGGGGGGACGGAUAGCUGCCAGCGUCGCGAUCUCCUUUCCGCACUCACCUGUGAGUCAGAGUUGGAGAAUUGCUCUUGUCCCUUAUGCCAUUGUUCGUACGCCAACAGCAACUCCCUUUGGCAACAUAUUAAUUUGGAACACGUCUCUCGCUCUCUUUUUCCAUCCGCGUCUGUUUUGUCUGCUCACAAACGGUGUCUCUGUUCUGAAUGUGGCUUCGCCUAUUCUGCCCAUUGGAAAGUUUGUCGACGGUCUCAAGGCCCUGGUCGCCCUAGAUGUGGUGGUUUGAUGGUAGAUCCUCUUCUGUCUUCCUGGCUCUCUGGAAUGGCGUUGACUCACGAUCUGGCUAGCGCGCCUACAGACGUUACUUCACGUCAUUCUGUAACAGGUGAAUCAGCGUCUGGUGCUUCCUCAGAUUCUUCAUCUUGUCCUUUCACUGAUCAGAUCAGCCAUUUUGAAGACCCAGUUCUUGAAGCAAUCAAGGCAGCAUGCAGCCUCGCGUGUCCCGUUCACCUGGAGGCUGUCUUGUUUGAGUCUUUGAUGCAAGAGGUUUCUCUGCUACAAGUCAAGACUAUUGGCCAUAUUCCACGCUCUGUUCGUCCUGUUCUUGCGGAAGUUCUUGCCACAGAAUUUAGGAAUGCCACAUACCAUGGUUUAUGAGGCUAUGCUCGUCUUCACAUGUUCCCUAAAGCUGUUUUGAGAUGCCCACCAAGAGGCGGACGGAAGAAACAUGUUGUUGUCAAAUCCUUGUUAUUAUCCCGUCUAGAACGGUGGACUUCUGGUGAUAUUCAGUCUCUUUGGUUUGAGGCUAGACUGAAUGCUGAUUGUAAACAGUCUUCUAAUUGCAAGUCUUCGCCUGUAGAUCAGAUUAAUCGAAAAUGGGCGCUUGCUUAUGCCAGAGAAGGUCGUUACAGAGAUGCCAUGCGGUGCCUUGGCUCUCUGGGUACAGCCAGCCCUCAUGACAGCAAGGUUCUUGAAGAAAUCUAUCAACGCCACCCAGAGCAUGUCUUGCCAACUGUUUCUGGUGCUAUCCCUCCUUCCCUAUCUGUCAGUAUGGAUUCAGUUCUGGCUUCACUUCAAGCUUUUCCUCGAGCAUCCAGCCCUGGUGCUUCUCGACUGAAGUCUCAGCAUUUGUUUGAUGCUGUUCUUGGUACUACAACUCCUUCAGCCAAGCAGUGUUUGGAGAACUUGACCUGUUUCGUAAAUUUUCUUUUGUCUGGUCGUGCUGACCCUAGGAUAGCCCCUUGAUUAUGUGGAGCACGUCUCACUGCUCUAUUGAAGAAGCAUGGUGGUGUCCGCCCUAUAGCUGUCGGUGAGGUCCUACGUCGACUUGUCAGCCGUCUGUGCUGUUCUGCUGUGAAAGAGGACUUACUUGACACCUUUUUGUCUUAUGGUCAGGUUGGUGUUGGUGUCCCAAGAGGUUUAGACGCUGCUGUGCACACACUAUCAGUUUGUAUUGCUCGAUAUGGAUCUGAUCCCAACUUGUGUUGCAAAUGCUCUCGAGCUUCUUUUUUGAGUCGUCUACGUAAAGAGUUCCCAGCCUUGUUUGGAUGGUCCUCGUGGUGUUACCAUUGUGAAGGCAUGUUGCAUUUUGGGAAUUCUUGGAUCAAGUCAUCUGCAGGUGUGCAACAAGGGGAUCCCCUUGGUCCCCUACUAUUCUCCCUCGUUCUUAUGGAGUUUUUGGAUGACCUGGGUCCAUUGCCAGAUUUGAAGCUGAAGUUAUGGUAUUUGGACGAUGGCUCUUUCCUUGGCCAGCUGGCUUCAGUUGCUUGUCUCUUGAAUGUCUUGUUAUCAAAGGGUCCCUCCUUUGGUAUUCAUAUCAAUUUGAACAAAUGUGAGGUCUUUUGGCCCUCUGGAGAUCAGAAUUUCCCCAAAUUUGGUACUGAAAUUCAGCACAGUGUUCAGGUUCAUGGUGGUGUUGACUUCCUUGGCUGUCCUGUAUAUGGAUCUUCCUCAUAUGUUACUGAAUUUGUUUCCCAACGAGUGGACAAGAUUUUGGAUUGGCAGGACCGUUUGACAGCUUUAGAGGAUCCUCAGGUGGAGCUUCAUCUUCUCCGGAGCUGUUUGAGCCUUUGCAAGCUGAAUCACAUCAUUAGAACGGUUCCUGGCUUCAAGAUCAAUGAUGUAUUGAUGCAGUUUGACAGUGGUCUUCAUCACAGUUUAGAGGCUUUAUCCUCUUCUUCGGUCUCUGACCUGGCAUGGAAAUAGGCAACUCUUCCAGUUCGUUUGGGUGGUCUAGGUCUUCGUGAGGCCUCUAGAUCUUCAUCUGCAGCUUUCGUUGGCAGCUGCAACUCUUCUCGGCAGUUGUCUCUCCGUCUUCUUAAUGACUCAGCGUUCAUGCCGGUACAUGAAGAAAAUGAUUGGACUCAGCAUUCUUCCUCUUUCCCUGGUGAAGUGCAAUGCCGGCAACAUCUUGCAAGUCUUUUACCACCUACUAGUUCUGUCUCGUCCUCUGUUUCUUCUACACAACAUUCCUUCCAGAAGGCUCUGGAUGAUGCUUUGAGAUCCAGCAUUAAAGUCAGCCUUGUUAGUCUGCGAGAACAGGCACGUUUCAGUGCUGUCGCAUAUCCUUAUGCGGGGGCUUGGUUGAGGGCAAUCCCCAACUCAGGUCUAGGCCUGGCCAUGUCUCCGCGUGAAUUUGUGACUUCUUUGCGUUUGCGUUUGGGAAUUCCGGUUUUUCCAGCACCCCCACACUCAGUCCGUUGUGUGUGCGGUCAUGAAUUGGACAUUUUUGGUGACCAUGCUCUUGGCUGUGGUCCUCUUCGGAUUAAGCGACAUGAUGCCUUAUGUGACGUCAUCUUCCACUGGUUGCUCUUAGACAACUCCAAUGUACGUCGAGAACAACGCUGUUCCUCUCAUUCUAUGACAAGACCAGGUGACGUUUUCCUUCCCGACUUUUCCCUAGGCAAGGCUGCUUAUUUCGACAUUUCCGUGAGGAAUUCGUUCACUCCCUCUCACCUUAUUAAUGCUGCCAUAAAAGCUGGUGUUGCUGUUGAGGCUGGGGAAGUGGACAAAGAUGAACGCCAUCUUGCUAACGUUUUAAGUUAUGGCUGGUUGUUUUACCCUCUUGUGGUGAAAUCAUACGGAGUGUGGGCUGCACAUAGUCUGGAGGUGUUGAGAUCAAUUGUCAAGAAGUCUCUUCUAUCAUCUGGCUUGUCUCUGGGCCAAGCUUCCAGGCAAUUUCAAGAACAGUUAUCUGUUCGUUUAUGACGUUACGUAAACACUGUAUUUCUGAAACAAGAUGUGUGUGCGGCUACAUUUCUCAACGUGUGAUUAUGGAUAACCAUCAGUUAGUUGCAGAUUUUUUUGCACUGAACCAGAAGCUCUUCUGUAUUCUCCCCAAAGUGUAAUAAGCUAUGCCAUUGUAUAUAUUGUCUGCUACAUACAGUCUGCUAUAAAAUGUAUCAUGUCAUUUGCUCAGUUAAGAAUAAGUGUACAAUACCAUCUAAAUAGUUUUUG